AUGCCUCUACACGUAUCUACACCCAUGAGUCUUCGUCAAAUACCAGCAGUUUCGACCCUGGCAACGAACCCAUCGAUCCAUAGCGCCGACACAGUCUACACCGCCUUGUAA